CUGAUAUGGCCCCUGGAAAGCUCUCUGGGUUCUCCAGCUCUCCCGUCAUGACAGAUUCUGUGGACAUGACCAUCGCCACCCUGUCAGGUCAUCCUGGGAAUAUAGCCCAGACGACCCUUACCCAGGAAACCUCAGCCUCAUGGGUGGGGGCCCCCUCAAUUGUGACUCAGAGUCUGCCCCAUUCAGAGGCAACCGCUCCUCUGAGCAGGAACCCCAAGAGUACGGCAAGGCCAAGCCCACCCUCAGUGGAUGAAACAACCUCUGCCAUGAGUUCACCUGUGUCUGCUUCCUCCUCACUAGCAGAGGAGAGUCCUUCUCCCUCUGUUACUUCACAGCUCACUUCUAUGAAGGUGAAAACCACAGAUGUGUCAGCAAGAAGCCCAGGACCACAAACCAGCUCAACUCCAAUCACGAGGAGCACCUCCGGGGAGAUACUGCCUUUUUAUGAAGCCACUGCAGACACUGAAGCAGCAAAUCCUUCCACGGGGAAAGUGGUGACCACCGUGGGGACCAGAGGUUCCACGCUGGCUGAUUCAGUGGUGUCCAGAGUCACGUCUUCAAAGGUUUUCUCAUCUACCUUGUGGGAUACUCCAGGGCCCAGCCCUUCUCCUGAGAUGACUUACUUGCUGACUUCAAGCCUGAGGGAGACCAGUACCUCCCAGGGGGUGAGCUCUGGCCCUUCUGAAGUGUCCACUCACGCCACUACUGAGAUCUCCUCGUCAGAGGUCAUCCCCUCGAGCAGAACAUCCAACCCAGGCCCUGCUCAUCCCACAGAGUCACCACAUCACUCAGCUGGGAGGAUCACCAGGCUUUCCACCCCCUUUCUCAUGGCAGAAUCUGCAGAUGUGACCAUCGCAACCCAAACUGGGCCACCCAUGGGGACAUCCUAUGGCACUCGUCACUGGGACGCAUCACACAGAACCACGGGGCUGGUGACCCACUCAACUGUGACUCGGGGAUUUCCCCAUGCUGAGGUUAAGGCUGACACGAGCAGCAGUCCUCAGACAAAGUCAGGAAUGAGCAGUCUCCCUGUGGGAAACAGCAUCUCUACCUCCUCCCCGACACCUCUUCCUGCCAUGAGCUCAGCUUCUGCUGCCUCCCCUACAUUAUCUGAAAGUGGCCCCUCCCGUUCUCCUCUCAUGAUGUCACCGCUGUCUUCUGCACUGGAGGAAACCACAGAUGCAUUGGGCAUAAGCCCUGCACCUAGCAGCAGUUCAGCUCCCAGCAGAAGCAGCACCUUAGGAGCCACUGCAGACACUAAGGCAGCACAUCCUUCCCCAGGGACAGUGGUGACCACUGUGCAGGCCAGUUCUGUUGGGCAGGAAUCCGUCUCCUCUUUUCCAGGCAUCUCAAUUGCAUCCAAAUUGACAUCUGCGACGGUUACUAACUUCACCACUACAGACCCCUCCAUUCCCACAAUGCCUGGCUCCUCUGAGAUUACCAGGGCCACCAGGCAACCAACUUCUCCCAUGGCUUCUGGACUGCAGGAGUCAAUCCUCUCUGAGGAGGUCGGCUCUGUCAGCUUGGAAGAGCCUUCUGGCACUACCGCUGGAUUCUCCAUGACAGAUGUCACCUCCUCUGCUAGCACACCCGUCUCUGGCCCCCCUCACUCCAAGAUGCCAUCAGACACUUCCACUGGGAAGAUCACAGAAAUGGCCAUCACCACCCACACAAGUCCUCCCAAGGCUGCAAGGCAGAGUGGGGCCACAUCAACCAUGGCCUCCCAGGCAGGGACCCACGUGCCUGUGUCUGAGGGGUUUCCACACUCAGAAGUGACCAUGCUCCCAGGUGGCAGUCCUGAGAGAGUGUCACUGACGAGUGCUUCCUCUGGGAAGGAACCUAGCCCUGCACAGCCCCCAGCACCUUCUGCCAUGACCUCAACUUCUCCUCUUUCCUUGGCGUCACCAGGGAGUCUCUCCACAUCUCCUGGGUCUGUGGUUUCACUGCUCACCUCUGGCCUGAUGAAGACCUCAGACGUUUGGAGCACAGGUCCAGAGACUGGAAGCAGCCCCUCUCCAAAACUGUACAGCAUCUUGGCUGAAACACUUACCACCUCUGUAGUCAUCACGGUUACAGAGGGAAUUCGUCCUCCUCCAGGCACAGCAGUGACUAAUGUGGGGACCACCUCGUUGGGACAUGAACCACAUUCCUCUUCCCCAACCCACUCGGAGUCAUCCAAGGCCACAGAUCCAAUGGGCGCCAACUCCUCCAUGGAUAAGGCUACUUACUCAUCAUUGCCUCCGAACUUGGAGGCUACCAGUCUUGAGGCAGAAUCAUUUUCCCAUUCGACUUCUGGAUUAAAGGAAACCAGCACGUCCCCGUUGGCCACACCCUCAAAUGUCCCCUCAUCUCCUGUUUUCACUCACCUGGUGCAGAGUCCUAAGGCUGACAUCACCUCUUCUGUGAAAACAUUGAUCCCACAGCAGCAGGCUGCAUCCUCACAGUAUACUGACACACCAGUGGAGAAAAUGACCCACUCUUAUGCCUCUGCAUCUGUUAUGCAAUCCACUGGAGUCACCUCAUCCCCAAGACCCAAGUUUACCAUGCCUGUAGCAGAAAGUGCUCACCACAUGAGCACUGAUAUGCUGCCUUCAGGGGCCAUGACUUCAUUUGCUGCAUCUCGAGUUCCGAGAGCCAGCUCAGCCGCCUUUCCAGGCAGUGCAUCCUUUAGGACUGGGGCAAGCCCUGGGGAUGCUACUGCGUCCUCCUUUGCAGGGACUUCACUGUCACCAGCUUCAAUACCAUUCCCCUCGCCUACCUUCACUACUACCGACUCUUUGACCAGUCCCACUCCCCAUGGGUUUGGUUCCUCUCCGGCCGCCUCACAUAUGGUAGAUACCAGUCCUGGGACAGAAAGUAGUGCCACAGAAGGACCGUUGGCUGGAGUCAGUCAUUUGGUAACUUGGAACCAGCCAACUGGGACAUCUUUAUCACCCAUUUUGGAUACCAGCAUGACACUGAGUGUUGAUUUUGGAACAAUGACAAGGGCAUUUCAGGUGCCUCCACUCUCAACACAGUUAACAAGUAAGGGCCCAUAGCUCCUACAUUCCUAUCCUUUGAGGGCUCAUAGGACAUGACCCUUUCUUAAGAGGUAAAAAGGAGUUCAUUAGGAGUUCAGUCUCACAUUAUAAAUUCUUUUAGCAAGCACCUGCUGAUCUGACUACAGUUCCAGGUACUGGAUGAGGUGUAGGGGAAAUAAAGAUA